AUGGCUCGUCAUCAAUCAAGCUCCCCCACACCUAUAUUCGAAAUUAUAUUAGCUUUAGCUAAAGGUACAAAGAGAUUGGUAUAUGAAAACACACUUUUAAAUGCAGAAAACCAUACACUUCAGAAGGCAAAUGAGGUAUUAAGCAAACGUCGACACGCGAAAAAGACUCAAUCACAUCAAGGAGGAGUACUUACUGAACAAGAAACUACAGAUAUAUUAUCUCAACAAGAGAUUGAUAUUCAGAUUCAAUACGACGAGCGUCAAAAUGGGGGAAAUUCUAAUAGGGAAUCAUCUACUAGUCGAUGCUGUAGUAAGUGUGGAAAGACUGGUCAUAAUUCAAGAACUUGUCAAAAUAGUAUAAUAGAUCCUAGAUUAUUAGAUUCUUAA